CAUAACGAUAAACACGGAACGUAUGACUGAGCGCUCACCGACCGCGCAUGCGCGCAGACCCGUCCGGGCCGUUCCAACCCACGUGACGGUUCGGUGCACGCAAAGCCGCGGCGUGUGACGUCAUGGGGUCAUGUCCGUUGGUAACCAUGCUGUGAAGCUGGCAGCGGGAAGUUUGCGGAGUCUGGAUAGAAGAGGCGUACGCAUGGAGUACGGAGCUGGCGAGGAGAGUCGAGCAGCGGCCAUGGAGGAGAAGGCAACAAUAGCAGCGGCGGCGACGAACGCCGGUGUCAGUGAGGAUGAUGAUGACAAGGAGGAGGCCGCCUCAGAACCGGGGUCAACUGUGGCUUGUGCUGACGGAGCGGCGAAGUUGACGGAAGGACCUGGACAGACACGGCGUAAAUUCUCGGGGAGCCUCUUCAUUUGCUCUUUUGGCUGCGGAGCCACGUUUUCCAAGAACUGGCGGCUAGAAGCUCAUCUAUGCAGGCACACGGGGGAGAAACCAUUUGCUUGUGAAUAUGAAGGUUGUAAUAAAAGCUAUUCUAGAAAAGGUCAUCUUGCAAGGCACAUUCUGAUUCAUAAAGGAGAAAAACCAUUCAGAUGUACAGAUGAAAGAUGUAAUCAAACAUUCACAACAAAAGAUAACUUAAAGAAGCAUCUGUCAAGAAAGCAUGACAACAAAGAGAAGCUUUAUUUGUGUGACUUUGAAAGAUGUGGUAGAUCGUUCAAGAAGCAUCAGCAUCUCAAAGUUCAUCAAUAUGAGCACACGCGUGUACCAUCAUUCAAGUGCAAUUAUGAAGGAUGUGACAAACGGUUUUGCCUUCCAAGCAAGUUGAAGCGUCAUGAGAAGGUACAUGCAGGUUAUGCAUGCAAAGUGGAAAGUUGUUCAUUUAUUGGAAAAACGUGGACAGAGUUACUUAGCCACAAGCAGAAGCAACACAAAGAACCCUUUAUUUGUAGUGAGUGCGGUAAGAAAUUUAAACGGAAAGACACUCUUCAAGCACACCUUAAAAUUCAUGCUGAAGAAAGGGAAGUCUUUCGAUGUCCCAGAGAGGGUUGUGAGAGAACUUAUACCACAUCAUUCAACCUGCAAAGCCAUAUUCUCUCAUUUCAUGAGCAACAGCGGAAUUUUGUUUGUGAACAUUCUGACUGUAAGAAAGCUUUUUCCAUGAAACAAAGUUUGGACCGCCAUUCUGUUGUCCAUGAUCCUAAAAAACAGAAAUUAAAGGCAAAACAGCGACGUCCUAAGCGUAGUCUUGCAUCUCGUCUUACUGGAUAUAUUCCUCCCAGGAACCAGCCUGCUGUGGCCAUGAUGACUUUAUCUGAAAUGCUUGAAAAGGCCAAGAUGUCAGAAAUAAAGAACAAAACUGAGCUGAUGGAGCCUUUGGUAGCUAAUGUUCACAAUAUUACAAUGAAAGAAACAUUAGACUUUAAAUGUAUGUCACAUUGAUAUGUGUACUAUAUC